AUGAUUCGUGUAUGGAAUUGCAUGCAGUGUUUCUCAGAUGUUGCUAACACACUGAUUGAUGAGGAGGUGAUUCCAGAAAGACAAGUAAGAGGAAGAGGACCAGGUCGUGGGAGAAGAUCAAGGAGUGGGUCAAGGAGUGGGUCUAGAGGGCGUGGAUCAAGAGGGAGUGGAUCCAGAGGACAUGGUUCAAGGGGUCGAGGUUCCAUGGGCCGGAGACAAGCUUAUGAAGAGAGAGAGCAAGCCUUGGCUGAGAUUUGGCAGCAGCGUCAAGAAAGAAUGAAGGAAGUGUUGUCACACAUGACAAGAGAAGACAUGUUGGACGUCUUGCAGAAGGCUGUAACGAAUUAUCCAAGCCUCAUGUUUGACAUAAUGAGGCCUGCCCAGCGACAGCCUGGAGGCUUCCACCCCGGACCAGGUCCAGUACCAGAUUGGUGUGUGUGUGGGCGAUGUCGGGAGAUGCCGACAGAACGAGAGAAGGUGUGCUGCGAGCGGGAAAACUGUGACUCCAGUUUACCGGAUUUCCAACUCAUUUUCCUCGACGCAGGAGUGCUUGCCAUUGCAAGACUGUAUAGGCGGGGCAUGUUGGUGUUUGAUGAUGAGCCCGACCAGAAGGCAGCCAACAGACACCAGGUUUACCGUCAGUACAUUUUGUGGUCAUAUUGUAAGCUUGGUGUCGGGGACAGACGGGUUAUUCCUUCCUGCUGUGUUUGGAAGAUUUGGGAUACCUAUCCAGAUCCCUUUGGACAGUAUACUGGAUUCCUUCCAACAAGAAUUAAGACAUUUUUAUGUACCGUUAUGUACCGUCCUAAUUGA